GUCUUUCUGAUGCAAAUCCAAUGAGUUCCUCGCAAGGACGUGCAAGGACGUGCAGGGACGUGCAAGGACGUGCAAGGACGUGCAAGGACGUGUGAUGAAAUAUGUAUCGCUCGCCGCUCAGUGUAUCUACGUUUCGUCGAUCAAUUUAUAUACUUAUAGAUUAGUAGAUAUGUAUAUACGUGAUCCGUGUCUACGAAGAAAUCCAUACCCACACGUUUACACGUCGUUCAUAUUCACUAAGUUUAGUACACGUAGUCUAGCUAGAGCUCAAUCGCCUUGAGUGCUAAUGAUGACAAUGGAUAAUCCCAAGCUGGCCUCAUGCCUACUAAGUUCCUUAAGUUACGUUCUGCUUAUCAAUACUGCCAGUAUAUGUGUAGUCAAUGGCGCAGGUAUAAAGCUUGAACAACCAUCACCACAAGGCCAAGAUAUACACUCUGUAGAACCCCACAUAUAUAAGCCUAUACCUAGUAACCUUGACGACAUAGUCGCCUCAGUGAUCGUACAAAGACACUGUGUGCGCUCAUCGACCACAUAUCCCCCCGAUGUAUGGGGACCUAUGCCUGCUAACUACACAAAGAAUCUAGCUGAUUACACCGCGCAUGUAUGGCCAGAUGCGUAUGCAUGGGGUGUUGAGGCUGGUGCGUGCACUCAAGAGGGGAAAGAGUUGGUUGUUGCACUAGGAAGUGCUUAUAUCGAUGUGCAUCCACAACCGUUCCACUUUGUAGUCGACGUAAACUCGGGCAGGGACAAUACCACCGCAGAUAUGCUUAUUCAAGGUAGUUACACACUGUGGAAAUGUAAAGUGGAUGCGAAUCUUUUACUGUGCCGGAAUAAGUGA